AUGACCGCGCAAAUCCCUAGCGUCCAAACAGCAGCUCUUAUCAAGAAUCCUGGUUCAAAUGCACGGAUAGAGAUCCGCCAUGAUUAUCCUGUUCCGCAGCCUGGGAAAAAUGAAGUCUUACUGAAGAUGGAAUGCUCAGGAAUCUGCUACUCAGAUAUUUACGUAUAUACGGGAAACAACCCCCAUUACGAUGAAGUUCCCUGUCAUGAGGGAAUCGGCCAAGUUGUGCAGCUCGGUCCCGACGUUGCGGAUACCCUUCUCGGUCAGAGAGUUGGCCUUGGGUGGAUUUACAGUGUGUGCGGCCACUGUUACAAUUGCAAAUAUGUUGUCGCAAAUGCGGAUUACUUGAUGCCAAUUCCAGAUGAAUUAUCAUCGUUCCAUGCCGCCCCGUUUCUCUGCGGCGGCAUUACCAUGGUCGGGGCCUUAUCCUUAUCUGACGAUGCUCUUGCGGAUGGUGACACUUUGGUUAUCUCUGGAUCAGGAGGCGGUUUAGGGCACUUGGGACUUCAACUUGCCUCUAACAUGAAGAGCCACAAGCGUUUAAACAUCAUCGCAAUCGACACCGGAUCGACCAAGCAAAAACUAAGUCUCGAACUUGGAGCAAACGCUUUUAUCGACUUCAAGACAGAGGAUGUUAUCAAAAGGGUGAUGGAAUUGACAAAUGGUAAAGGUGCCGACGUGGCUAUAGUUGUCCCAGCAGCAACUGAAGCCUUUGAUCAGGCACUGAAGUAUCUAAAAUUUACAGGAACGAUGGUCUGUGCUGGUAUUACCAGAAUGGAUUAUCGUCUCCCCAUUUCUCCUACUGAUCUUGAAUAUAGAGGUUUGGUUAUUAAAGCCUGUCAUGUAGGGUCUGAAAAACAGCUCAAAGAUUUGCUCAUCUCAGCUGGCAAGAAAGAAGUGGUUCCGAAAGUUGAAGUCUUCGAGUUUUCGAAAACUGGAGAGCUAUUCGAACGAGUGAAGCGCGGUGAUAUUGUCGGUCGCUUCGUUGUCCAAAUACCUCAGUAA